AUGAAUCUUCUGGGUGCCAUAGGAACGUUGCUGGAUGGGAGUGGAAUCAAGGAGAUUCUAGGAACCAUUUACGGCGAAAAUGCAGUGCAGCAUAUCAUGACUGGAAAGGCAGUUCUACGAGCAUUACGCGGACAUCUUCUCCUCGAUCAGUGCCUCACACAACAGGUCGUUGACAAGGUAUUGUCCGACCGCCCUGACUUUGUAAACCUAUUGCAAAAACUGGAGGAGUUGUACGAACAGGAAGUGCCAGGGCAUAGUGAUCUUGAUUCGUUAAUCUCAUCUAGCUGCCUUAGUGAAAUAGCUCAGAUCUUGUCUUCCAAAGAAGGCGAAUUGUCAGCUCACUCUGCCACCGCCAAACUGUGGCUGAUUUAUCAGCAGAUGAUAAGAACUGCGAGGGAACUUAUCAAAGCUGACCGUACUGGAUCCUGGUUGAUGCAUCUUCAUGCUAUAUCUGACUGUUUACCUAUAUUUGCUGCAGCUGGACAUUCAAAUUAUCUGAAAUCGGCUUAUCUGUUCCUCCAAUCCAUGACAAGACUUGAAAAGAACAAUCAGUCGGUCUUCCGCAAGUUCAUGAAUGGGUUGCACGUUAUCAGGCGAAGUGAUCAGAUGUAUUGGGCUGGACUGGGUUGCGAUCUUGUAAUCGAGCAAACUCUUAUGCGGUCCCUAAAGAUUGCAGGUGGUCUCACGAGAGGAAGUGAAAUGUCUGAACAUCAGAGAGUCCUGUGGACUAUGUCUGCACCAGUGUCUUCAGCAUACAGCGAUAAGAUGCAGUCUUUUACCGACCAGAGCUUAGUUACCAGCGAACAGCACAAAGAAGCGACUGCGGCAAAGGUGAAAAGAAAUCACGAAGACCUUGAGAAAAUUGCAGGAAAACUCCAAGAAUUUUCUCCCUUCCCAGAAGAGGCAUCGUUGCGCAACAUAAUUACCGGUGUCAACGCCAACAAAGAUGUAAACGUCCAUAACCUGUUUGCCAUUGGAAAGGAAACUUUGGCGACCAUGGAGGAACAGCCUGUGUUUUCCUUUGCUUACAAAUGA